AUGUCGGCUACUACCGCUGAUCAGCAGCCAAUUGAGACUCGGCUCUUUAUCUAUGGCCAGUUUCAACCAGCGACGGAUGGGAAGACAUUUAAGCUGAUCAACCCAUACACGCAUGAACCAGUUGCAGACGUUCAUGAAGCAAGUGAGCAAGAUGUGGACAAGGCUGUUGCAGCAGCCAAAGCUGCUUUCCCAGCUUGGAGAGACCUCAGCCCCGAUGAUAGAGGAGUCCAUCUCAAAAUGGGCAAGCCUGUAUCACUUUACAUAGAAGGCAAAGUGGCUGCAGACGCCUUUGCUUACUAUGCAGAGGCCGGCUGGCAUGCGCAGGGACCUAGCAGCGUGAAUACCCCUGGCCUCCUCAGUCUUUCGCUUAGGAAGCCGUACGGCGUCGUUGGUGCUAUCAUCCCUUGGAACAUGCCACUCGCACUUCUCUCGUUUAAGGUUGCCCCUGCUUUGGCUGCUGGAAACACUGCGGUGCUAAAGAGUAGCGAAAAGGCGCCCUUGACUGUAAUCAGCUUCGCCGCCAAAUUGAUUGCAGAAGCUGGCUUCCCACCUGGCGUCGUCAACAUCAUCUCCGGCUUCGGAAGCCCAGCCGGCAGUGCCAUAUCAUCCCAUAUGGAUCCACGGGCCAAAAAAAUUCAAAUCACAGCAGCUGAGUCGAACAUGAAAGUGAUCCACUUGGAGCUAGGCGGCAAAACACCCGCAAUCAUCUUCGAAGAUGCGGAUAUCGAAAAGGCAGCAGAAAAGACCCAGUUCAGCAUCCAAUUCACGAGCGAACAAACCUGCAUCGCGAACUCCCGCAUUUAUGUGCAGGAGUCCGUUGCAGAUAAAUUCAUAGCGGUUUUCAAGGAGAAGUUCGGCGCCGCGGCACGUAUAGGCAAUCCCCCCGAGCCGACGACGAACCACGGACCGCAGGCAGACAACAUUCAGUAUGAGCGGGUCAAGUCAUACCUAGAGGUCGGGAAAAAGGACGGAAAGCUCACGAUGGGAGGAGAUGGCGGAAAGGGCUUCAUCAAGCCGACCAUCUUUGAGAACGUCCCCGGUGACUCCCAGCUUAUGAAAGAGGAGGUCUUUGGACCCGUUGUGGCCAUCAAUACGUUCAAGACAGAGGAGGAGGCAAUUGAACGGGCUAAUGCCUCCGAGUUUGGUCUUUAUGCCUCUGUUUUCACGAAGGAUAUGGAUCGUGCAGUGCGACUGUCUAAGCUUCUCGAGGCAGGUACGGUUGGUGUCAACUGCACGAGUCCCACUAUGGUGAAGGAUAUGCCAAUAGGCGGAUACAAGCAGAGCGGUUUGGGUCGGGAGGGUUUGCUGAGCGGCUUGGACAGCUACCUGGAGACAAAGACUGUUUUGAUCAGUUCAAGUUCUUGA